CUCCACUCUCUCUGUCUGUUCAUAUAUCCGCAUCCUGCUGCACUUUUCUCACUCGCCUCACUCUUCUAACUUCACUUUGUCUCAUCCUUCUCAUCCCAUCCACUCACCAUGGCGCCCCUCACCAGAAUCCCAGUUGACAAAGGCUGGCAAUUCAAACAGUCAGCCACCCUAGCCAACAACACAGCAAGCACCUACCUCCCCGUCUCCCAAUUCCCCACAGUCGCCCAUCUUGAUCUCCUACAUCACGGCCUGAUCAAGGAUCCGUACAUCGACACCAAUGAACUUGACAGUCUAUGGGUGAACGACGCAAACUUCACUUACCGCGCUCUCCUCCCCUCUAUACCAGCUCCCUCUUCUUCAAAGAUCCAUCUCGUAUUCGAAGGCCUCGACACUCUCUGCUUCGUCUACCUCAACUCCACCCUAAUCCUAGAGAGCAAGAACAUGCACAUCUUGCACCGCGUCGACAUCACCUCCCCCCUGCAAAAGGUUUCAGGGAAAGAGGUGGAACUCAGACUAGAGUUCAAAAAUGCACCAGAAUACGCAAAGAAAGAGAUGAAGAGGAUUGGAUACAAAGGCAACGGGACAGACGUCCACUUUGGCGGCCCCGAGCGCCUCUUCGUGCGUAAAGCGCAGUAUCACUGGGGCUGGGACUGGGGACCUGCUCUUAACACUUCUGGGCCUUGGAAGCCUGUCUAUCUCGAGAUAUUUGAACAUCGAAUCUCCGAACUCCUCGUCAGACAAGAAGUUUCCGCAGAUCUCAAGUCCGCAACUGUGAAAAUCACGGGGUCUGUUGAAGCAGGAGAGGCUGGAAAGGAGGUCGAGUUAGAGGUGAAGGCGCCAAAUGGAGAUUGUGUGACCAAGGAGACCAUCAAAACGACCGAGAACGGAACAUUCAGCACAGAAUUGAAUAUCGAGAAUCCAGACCUCUGGUACCCGUUCACCUACGGCGGUCAACCUUUGUACACCGUUUCUGCUUCCCUUCCCGGACUCGACACCCAGGAAAGAAAGAUUGGCUUCAGGAGAUUGAGACUGUUGCAGAAUAAACUAAAGAAGGAAGAAGGAACAAGCUUCACCUUCGAAAUAAACAACAUUCGCGUCUUCUGCGGCGGCUCGUGCUGGAUCCCCGGCGACUUGCUGCUGCCUCGCUUCACUCCCUCGCGCUACCGCUCCUGGCUCUCUCUGGCGAAAUCAGGAAACCAAACCAUGAUAAGAGUUUGGGGCGGCGGUCUGGUCGAGUCUGACGAUUUUUAUGCUAUUGCUGAUGAAUUGGGGAUUUUGGUGUGGCAGGACUUUUUGUUUGCUUGUGGUGAUUAUCCUGCUUCUGAUGAUUUUUGCGAGGCGGUGAAAGGGGAGGCGGAGGAACAGGUGAAGAGAGUAGGGCACCAUGCUAGUCUUGUCAUUUGGGCGGGGAAUAAUGAGGAUUAUAUGCUUGCUGAGAGGUGGGGGUGGGAAUAUGAUGUCAAUGAUCAGGAAGGCCCUUGGGAUCACACGAAUUUCCCGGCAAGGAAGAUAUAUGAAAGAGUACUGCCUGAGAUCUGCGAGCGGCUGGCGGGCGAUGUGCCGUAUUGGAGGAGUAGUCCUUAUGGUGGAAAGACUUCGAAUGACCUCACAAUAGGAGACACUCACAUUUGGAACGUCUGGCACGGCAAGCAAUCCCCUUACCAAGCCUACAAAUCCUACCUCUCGCGCUUCAUCUCCGAAUUCGGCUUCGAGUCUGCUCCCUCACUUCGAACUCUCCACCAAGCAAUCACCAAGCCUUCGGAACGCCACUGGCAGUCACUAACCUUCGACGCGCACGACAAGGGACCGGGUCAUCAGAGACGGUACGGCAUGUACAGCGGCGAAAACUUCCGCUUCCGCUUCAACCCCCUUCGAGAUUUCGUCUACUGCUCCCAAUUCCUGCAAGCCGAGGCCAUGAAAUACGCAUACAACCACUGGCGUCGCGAAUUCCGGGGCGAAGGAGAAGAGAACUGUAGUGGGAUCCUGGUGUGGCAGCUAAACGACAUCUGGCCCGGCACUUCUUGGGCGCUGGUCGACGUCAAUCUGCAAAGGAAGCCGGCGUUCUACAUCACGAAGAGGGCGCUGAGCAAGCUGGUGGUGGGCAUGGAGCGCAUCGUCACCGGCGCCACGCCUUACAUGGUCACCUCGUACCCCGAGCCCAAAGAGAAAGUGCAGAUUUGGGCUGUGAGCGGAUAUCUGAAGGCGCUGGAUGCGGUGUUGAAGCUCAAGGCUUUUGACAUCGAGAGUGGGAGGGAGGUCGAGCUUCCUGAGGGCGAGAGGGAGAGGAAGGUAAGCGUGAGAGAAAAUGGCACGACGGAGAUUGGGGAAUUGAGUAUUGGGACGGAGGCAGGGAAGACGGUUGUUGUUGCCUAUCUCGAAGACGCGAAGACAGGCGAACAGCUCGCGCGGUGGGUAGAUUGGCCUGAACCGCUUAAAUUCGUGGUGUUUAAGAAAGGAGUGGAAGUCAAGAUCGAAGUUGGGGAAAGGGAGAAGGAGGUCAAGAUCAGUGCUGAUGCGCCGGUUAAGGGCGUGGUGCUUAGUGUACCGACUGAAGAGGGAGACGAUGCUGUGUGGGAAGACAACUUUGUGGAUCUGGUUCCUGGGGAGGUGGUCAGGGUUGGUGUUGACGGGUUAAAGGGGAGGAAGGUACAGGCGAGGUGGCUGGGGGAUUGGGAGGGGGAGGCGGGGUUUGAACUUUAG